UGUGUAGAUGCAGGGACAAAGUCCACCUGCUCCAACCAGAGGGAUUUCCAAACACAGCACAAGUGGUACAGAUGAAGGAGAAGAUGGAGAUGAACCAGAUGACAGUGGCAAUGAUGUUGUUGACCUUUUGCCAAGGACAGAGAUCAGUGAUAAGAUCACUUCAGAGUUGGUAUCUAAGAUUGGUGACAAGAAUUGGAAAAUCAGGAAAGAAGGCCUAGAUGAAGUAGCAGGUAUUAUCAAUGAAGCAAAAUUUAUCCAACCAAAUAUAGGUGAACUUCCAACUGCCUUGAAGGGUCGACUCAAUGAUUCAAAUAAAAUCUUGGUGCAGCAGACGUUGAAUAUCCUCCAGCAACUGGCAGUAGCCAUGGGCCCAAACAUCAAGCAACAUGUAAAGAAUUUAGGCAUCCCCAUCAUUACAGUCCUUGGAGACAGCAAGUCCAUGUACCAUCCACCAGCCACUCCUCAGGAGACAUUUACCAACACCAGACACAGAGACAUAAAGAUGAAUGAGACACUUUUCCCAGCUGGAGAUGCUCUGAGCCCGGUGGACAGUGAUCCUUCAUGA